AUGGGGGAAGCCAGCAUGGAAUCAACCAUCUCCCCUCCUGACAGCACAGCACAGCAGGCCUCUCUGGUCAGCAUGGUGGACGUGUUCCUCAUCUCACUCAUCGUCGGGCUCUUCACUUACUGGUUCUUCUUCCGCAAGAAAAAGGAGGAAGUCCCAGAGUUCCCCAAAAUGCAGUCAAUUGCAGCUCCAGCGAGAGACAGCAGCUUCAUUGAGAAGAUGAAGAAGACAGGGCGAAACAUAGUGGUUUUCUACGGCUCUCAGACAGGUACAGCAGAGGAGUUUGCCAAUCGUCUCUCCAAAGACGCUCAUCGCUACGGCCUCCGGGGCAUGGCAGCAGAUCCAGAGGAGUAUGACUUGUCGGACCUGAGUCGCCUCUCUGAGAUUGACAAGUCCUUGGCUGUGUUCUGCAUGGCCACCUAUGGUGAGGGUGACCCCACAGACAAUGCCCAAGACUUCUAUGACUGGCUGCAGGAGGCAGAUGCUGACUUGUCCGGUCUCAAGUUUGCAGUCUUUGGACUGGGGAACAAGACUUAUGAGCACUUCAAUGCCAUGGGAAAGUAUGUGGACAAGAGACUGGAGGAGCUUGGAGCCCAGCGCAUCUUUGAACUUGGGCUGGGGGAUGAUGAUGGCAACCUGGAAGAAGACUUCAUCACCUGGAGAGAACAGUUCUGGCCAGCAGUGUGUGAGCACUUCGGGGUGGAGGCUACAGGAGAAGAGUCCAGCAUCCGCCAGUAUGAGCUGGUGGUGCACACAGAUGUGAACAUGAACAAAGUCUACACCGGUGAGAUGGGUCGUCUCAAGAGCUACGAGAACCAGAAGCCACCGUUUGAUGCCAAGAACCCCUUCCUGGCCCAGGUUACGGAGAACCGCAAGCUGAACCAGGGUGGAGAGAGACACCUGAUGCACCUGGCACUGGACAUCUCCAAUUCCAAAAUCAGGUAUGAGUCUGGGGAUCAUGUGGCUGUGUAUCCAGCCAAUGACUUCUCUCUGGUGAAUCAGAUUGGUGAGAUCCUGGGCACAGAUCUGGACACAAUCAUGUCCCUAAACAAUUUGGAUGAGGAAUCCAACAAGAAACAUCCUUUCCCCUGCCCCACCUCCUACCGUACAGCCCUGACCUACUACCUGGACAUCACCAACCCGCCCCGCACCAACGUGCUGUACGAGCUGGCUCAGUACGCGGCGGACGCGGGCGAGCAGGAGCGCCUGCGCAGGAUGGCAUCCUCUGCUGCUGAGGGCAAGGCUCUGUACCUCAGCUGGGUGGUGGAGGCCAGGAGGAACAUCCUGGCCAUCCUGCAGGACAUGCCCUCCGUGCGUCCCCCCAUCGACCACUUGUGUGAGCUCCUGCCCCGUCUGCAGGCCCGUUACUAUUCCAUUGCCUCCUCCUCCAAGGUUCACCCCCACGCCAUCCACAUCUGUGCCGUGGCGGUGGAGUACGAGACCAAGACGGGACGCCUGAACAAAGGGGUGGCCACCAACUGGCUGAAGAACAAGGUGCCUCAUGAGAAUGGGAGCAGCUCCAUGGUGCCCAUGUACGUCAGGAAGUCGCAGUUCCGCCUGCCCUUCAAGCCCAGCACACCCAUCAUCAUGAUCGGGCCGGGAACUGGAAUAGCCCCCUUCAUGGGCUUCAUCCAGGAGAGGGCCUGGCUGAAGCAGCAAGGCAAAGAGGUGGGCGAGACGGUGCUUUACUACGGCUGCCGCCGCGAGCGGGAGGACUACCUGUACCGCGAGGAGCUGGCCCGCUUCCACCAGGAGGGGGUCCUCACCCAGCUCAACGUGGCCUUCUCCAGGGACCAAGCUGAGAAGGUUUAUGUUCAGCACUUGCUGAAGAAGAACAAGGAGAACAUCUGGAAGCUGAUUAACGAGGAGAAUGCUCAUAUCUAUGUGUGUGGUGAUGCCCGCAACAUGGCCCGGGACGUGCAGAACACCUUCUACGAGAUUGUCUCCGAGUUUGGGAACAUGAGCCAGCCCCAAGCUGUGGACUAUGUAAAGAAACUGAUGACCAAGGGCCGGUACUCUUUGGAUGUCUGGAGCUAAGAGUGGGGCUGGUGGGGCUGGGGAGAAGAUG